GUGGUGUUCUUCACGGACUACGAAGACAGAAGCCUGUGUCGCAGCAGUGCGGAGUGCGAGCGGUCUAAAGCCUGCCUGCAGGGCAGGUGCCUGGACCCCUGCCCAGGCGUGUGUGGGAACGGUGCUAUAUGCCGAGUUGUACAACACACUCCUACCUGUUACUGCCCGGAAGGCACUCUCGGAAACCCGUUCGUCAAAUGCGCUCCGCAGAUUGGAGGACCCAUGUGCUCCGUGGAUUCUGACUGCAACCCGACCAGUUUUUGCGUGAACGGCAGAUGCGAAAACCGUUGCCGGACGAAUCCACCGGUGUGUGGGUUGAACACUGUUUGCACCGCCAACCCUCGUUCAGUAGACUGCAGGUGUUUGGAAGGCUUCAUUGGCAACCCAUUUAAAGCAUGCUUCCCCCAAGAGGGUACGUAUGAGUGUUUCUCUCGGAAAGCUCUCUAGUUGCUACAAACAAAUAUAUUC